GUCGUGAGCUGCUCUCACCGAUGAUUUCUAUUUCAUCGUCUAAGUCCAUCCGCGUCGCGCAAGUCGUAAGUAGUAAUUAAGCACAGUCAGUGGUUGACGUUAAGGAUCCGUUUUCGACAUAAAUGGAUGCGCUUACUAAGCAAACGUACGCCAGCCUCGACGCGCGUUCAAGCACUAACCAUGUCUAGGUCAUACGAUCGCGCACUUACUGUCUUCUCUCCGGAUGGUCACUUGUUCCAGGUCGAAUAUGCCCUCGAAGCUGUUCGCAAGGGAACAUGUGCUGUUGGUGUUCGGGGUAAUGAUGUGGUCGUCCUUGGCGUUGAGAAGAAAUCCGUCCUGCAACUCCAAGACCCCCGUACUGUUAGAAAGGUUGUGAUGCUCGAUGACCACAUCUGCCUGGCAUUUGCUGGCUUAACCGCGGACGGCAGAGUCCUCAUCGACAAAGCGCGGAUAGAAUGUCAAAGCCAUCGACUGACCGUAGAGGAUCCCGUCACAGUAGAGUAUAUAACAAGACACAUUGCUGGUAUACAGCAGAAAUACACACAAUCCGGUGGUGUACGACCAUUUGGUAUCUCAACAUUGAUAAUCGGAUUUGAUCCACAUGAUUCGCGACCAAGACUAUACCAAACUGAGCCGAGUGGCAUCUAUAGUGCAUGGAAGGCCAAUGCAAUUGGUCGAUCGUCGAAAACAGUCCGCGAGUUCCUCGAGAAAAAUCAUAAAGAUGGCAUGACUCGCGAAGAAAGCAUAAAGCUGACUGUCAAAAGUCUUCUCGAAGUUGUGCAGACAGGAGCGAAAAACAUCGAGAUCAGCGUCAUGGAAAGUUAUGGCAAAGUCACGGUUCGAUUUCAUCUUAUUUCAUGAUGAUUCACUGGUCGCUGACAAGCUUGCUUAAUAGCAUUUGGAGCUACCUGAGAUCGAAGCAAUUGUUGCCGAGAUUGAGCGGGAGAAAGAAGCAGAGGCCGAGAGGAAACGGUCCAGGCUGGCGGCGACUGCAGCUGGUCAGGCAGCAAUGGCAACGCGGGCAGACCAGCCC